AUGGCUUCUUUAGCUUCCCUGGCUAAUUUGGGAAGCGUUAAUACGAAUUCCCUCAGUAAUUUUGACGGGUCUGUUUGUUUAGUCCGGAGCAUAUCUUUCCGUAGAAAUGGGACUAGUUUUAGAAGCCAGAGGUGGAGGUAUGUCGGCAUGUGUAGAUGUUCUGUGACAACUGAUUUCAUUCCGGAACAAGGGACUUCGGUGUCUCUUGAUUCCACUAACAAUGGUGGCAGUGAAAACACUGGUCCGGACUCGUUUCUUAAGGCGGCUCCUAAGCCUGUCUUGAGGUCGGCCCCCCAGCUCGACCCUGUUCUCAGUCCUCCUCUGGAUGAAUCCAGGCGUAACAGGGAAUCGAGCCGUGAUAAAACGAAUGGUAUGGAUGAAAACAGAAGUAAGGUGAUAGAGUCUCUGGGAGAGGUAUUGGAGAAGGCCGAGAAGUUAGAGACGAACAAGAAUUCAAAAUUUUCAGUACAAAAAUCUUUGAAUGGUGAUAAUGGUAAACCACCUAGUCCUGCAAUUAACUUGAAUAACAUGCCUAAGACGAGGAGUGUCUGGCGUAAGGGUAAUCCUGUAACGACUGCGCCGAACAUUGUGAAGGAACCUUUUAGGCCUGCAAUGACCGGGCAGAAAAUUGUAAAGGAACCUUUUAAGCCUGUAACGAGCGUGCAGAAAACUGUGAAGGAGCAGGAAACAGAAGUAGAUGGGGGAAGGUUGGUUGGCUCUCAGGCUGUUGUUAAUCCACUGAAACCCCCACAGCCACCUCAGAAAAUCCAACCAAAAUUGCAAAUCAGACCUUCAGUGGCUCCUUCUCCUCCAACUUCUGUUAGAAAACCCGUCAUCUUGAAGGAUGUAAAUGCGGCUGCUAAGCCGAAUGUUGCUGAUAGAGCUGAUCCAGUCACGGAGCCUGCAGAAAGGAAGCCGAUUUUAAUCGACAAGUUUGCAUCCAAGAAGCCGGUAGUUGACCCUUUGAUUGCUCAAGCUGUUUCUGCUCCUCCUAAGCUGAGCAGAAGUCCUGCACUUGGGAAGUUCAAGAACGAGUUCCGAAAAAAGAGUGGGCCAUCAGGGGGACCUCGUAGGCGUAUGGUUAAAGGUAAUGAUGAUAAUCCUGAUGAUGAUUCAUCUGAACAUGAUGCUUCAAUACCUGGGAUGGCCAGAAAAGGAAGAAAAUGGUCUAAAGCGAGCCGGAAGGCAGCCAGGCUUCAGGCAGCCCGGGAUGCGGCCCCUGUUAAAGUGGAAAUUAUGGAAGUUGAUGAGGAUGGGAUGUUCACCGAGGAGUUGGCGUUCAACUUGGCCACCAGUGAAGGUGAAAUUCUGGGAUAUUUGUACUCUAAAGGAAUCAGGCCUGUUGGGGUCCAGAAGCUGAGCAAUGAAAUGGUGAAGAUAGUGUGCAGAGAGUAUGGGGUGGAAGUCAUUGAUGCUGCCCCUGUGAGGGUGGAAGAAAUGGCCAAAAAGAAGGAAAUUUUCGACGAGGAUGACCUGGAUAAAUUACAAGAUAGGUCUCCUGUGUUAACAAUAAUGGGCCAUGUUGAUCAUGGAAAGACGACGCUUUUGGAUUACAUACGGAAAAGCAAGGUGGCAGCAUCAGAGGCUGGUGGCAUUACACAAGGAAUUGGGGCUUAUAAGGUUCAAAUACCUGUGGAUGGAAAGCCUCAAACAUGUGUCUUUCUUGAUACUCCAGGACAUGAGGCAUUUGGAGCCAUGAGAGCUCGAGGAGCGAGAGUAACAGACAUAGCUGUGAUUGUAGUUGCAGCUGAUGACGGAAUUAGACCCCAAACAAGUGAAGCUAUUGCUCAUGCCAAAGCUGCCGGAGUUCCAAUUAUUGUGGCUAUAAAUAAGAUAGACAAGGACGGAGCUAAUCCCGAUAAAGUCUUACAAGAUCUAUCUUCAGUUGGUUUGAUGCCUGAAGACUGGGGUGGUGACAUCCCAAUGGUUAAGAUAAGUGCUCUUAAGGGGGAGAACGUUGAUGAGUUGCUGGAAACCAUCAUGCUCGUAGCUGAGGUAGUCAUUGGAUUAAAUAAUGUUCCUUUAGCUGGUGAUGAAUUCGAGAUUGUUGAUUCUCUUGAUAUAGCUCGAGAAAAAGCCGAGUCACGUGCAGAGUAUUUGCGGAAUGAGCGUAUUACAGCAAAAGCAGGGGAUGGAAUGGUCACACUUUCUGCUUUAGCAUCUGCGAUGUCGGCUGGAAAGAAUUCUGGUUUAGAUCUUCACCAGCUUAAUAUGAUAUUGAAGGUUGAUGUUCAGGGAUCGAUUGAGGCUGUCAGACAAGCUCUUCAGGUACUUCCACAAGAUAACAUCACACUGAAGUUUCUACUGCAAGCAACUGGGGACGUGAGCAUCAGUGAUGUUGACCUUGCAGUGGCAAGCAAAGCCAUAAUCUUUGGUUUUAAUGUAAGAACAGCAGGUUCAGUCAAGAGCUAUGCAGAUAACAAAGGUGUUGAAAUCAGGUUGUAUAAAGUUAUCUAUGAGCUUAUUGAUGAUGUCCGAAAUGCAAUGGAGGGCCUCUUGGAUUCGGUUGAGGAACAAAUUCCAAUUGGUGCAGCAGAAGUUAGGGCCGUAUUUAGUAGCGGUAGUGGCCGUGUUGCCGGGUGCAUGGUGACAGAAGGCAAAAUAGUGAAAGACUGUGGAAUUCGUGUGCUAAGAAAGCGCAAAGAAGUUCACGUUGGUGUGCUUAGUUCGUUAAGACGAGUGAAGGAAAUAGUGAAAGAGGUCAAUGCUGGUCUAGAGUGUGGAAUAGGAUUAGAGGAAUUCGAUGAUUGGGAGGAAGGGGAUAGUAUUGUGGCCUUUAACACUGUGCAAAAGAGAAGAACACUCGAAGAGGCCUCAGCUUCAAUGUCGGCUGCACUCGAGAAAGUUAGGAUGCGACUUUGA